UUCAUUAUCUAUCUCACCAAUACCUACAACGUUUCAACAGAAACAAGGCCCAUUGCUUAAAAAAUCAGAAGGCAAACCUUUAUUCAUAUAAACUUAUAUGUGAAAAGAGGCUGAGUGGCAGUGAGCAAUGAACAGCCAAUUCUUGCUGCCAGGGAGCCUGGCAUUCCAGCCGGAAUGGGCUUCUGAAGAUAUACGCAUAACCUUCUUCAAAUGUGUUAGAUGGCAAGUGGAAGAAACAUUGGAUCCAAUCAACUGCCCUUACCAUUACUUCUGCGACAGUACUUAUCCUGGGAACUAUCCACGUUAUGUGGACAUUAUACUUUUUCUAUUUGCGACUGCUUCGUAUCUGGCGACGUUAACCAUCAUGGUAAUACAUAUAUCAAGAAGAGAGGAAGCUUGUUUCAUUCGUUCAAGGAGAUUCUUGCUACCUUCAGGUCCAGUUUCUCUCCCAAUAAUCCUCUUAGCACUAACCAAAGGCUACAGGAUCAAUUCUUUGUUUCCUCUCUCCUGCAUUGGCCCUGCAAUUCUUCUACUGCUUUAUGUAUCUGCUCUUGCUUUUGAUCUUGGCGUUGAUAAAGAUGUCAGGUAUGCAAUCUAUGAGGCAUCAACCAUUUCUGGAAUUCUUCAUGCAAGCCUAUACCUAGACUCCAUUAUAUUGCCUUACUAUACAGGUUUCGAUGCUCUGGUUUCUUCUACAUUUUCCGGUGAGUGCCAGUCCUGCGUGUGUCGGAGGGAGGUUUUGGUGGUAGGAGGGACGCUGGUCACCUACAGGGGGUGGUCUGUCACUGCAUUUUUAGUUGUGGGGACUCUGUGCUUGAGGAUUAUACGUAGAAUGACUGAACAGAACAGAAGCAGUAUCAUGGCAAUCAAGUCAUUGUUGGAAAGCCUAAGUUGGAUCUCCAUUACCUUGGACUGUGUCUAUCUAACAAGAAAGGCUCCACCAGAGCAAACUAUGAUGCGAAUUACUGCUAUCGGCGGCGUACUUGUACUGGUUUGCCUUCAUCUAAUCAAGAAGCUUUCCUCUCAUAUUACACAGUGGAAUUUGGCACACGGAAAAUUACAUGGAUAGAAUACCUUCAGAUCUUAUCCUUCGAACGUCAAAGGCCUGUUAAAAAGAAUUGACCUUUUACCAAUUAACAUCGGAUUUCUUGUACACUUAAAACUAGUUGUAACAUGAAAGAUUUAAGUUCCACAGCGUAGGCUUUUUCAAAGAAUUUUUGUCCUGUGUGUGUGCAGGGAAAGCAACGAAUGUAUAGAUUAGGCAUCCAAAGGGGAUGGACAACCCACGGAUGUAAACUGUAUAUACUAAACUAACAAUGUAUUCACGAUCAGCUUGUUCAUAUGAUAUUGUUUAAAUUGAAGCCUGAAUUAAGCAAUUUCUCCAAAUCAAUAUAUCUGUCUUCAUUUGAUUGAA